AUGCCCUUCCCAGUCCUCUCCAAAGAACCCAUCCCAGGCCUGUCCCUCUCAGCAGCGGGCCUCGUCGCCCUCGCGGACCUACAGACCAUCGCCAACCGUACCGCGCUGACGGGCACGUCGUCGUGGUUCGACGCACUGGUCCUCGCGCCGGGGUUGCAUUACCAGCAGGCGGCCGACAGCGUCGCGGGGACCAGCGGUGCUGUCACGGCCCAGACGUCCGCUGCGUUCGGCUACGGAGGUGCCGCCGCGGGAGGGGGAGGAAACGGCGGUGCCGGCAUCUUCGGCACGCAGGCACUUCCCGGCGGACGGAAGAAGGAUGUUAAGGUGACGAAUCCGGGCAUGUUGCUAUUUCUCUCUCGGCUUGGGGUCCAAGAGGAGCGGGCGCGGGAGAAGGAUCUCAAGAGGAGGAAGCUAGCCGGCGGCGGUGGGGUCGAGGCUUACGGGACCGGAGCAGUGGCAGGCGGAGGAGGCAGCGGAGAAAAGAUCAUCACACUCGACGUCGGCACCCUCUCCACCGGGCGGAGACGAAGCCGGAGCCGGAACCGACGCGGCCGGGCUUUUGAGCACGGUUCGGAGUGGGAGUUUGAGCGGGGGAGUCACUUGCUGUACCUCGCGAGCCCGGUUCUUACGUUUGCUGCGCUGACCAUCAUGAUUCUACUAGCAGACUGUCGGUAG